AUGUUUGGCAAAUUUGCUGUUUCCACCUCACUUAUAACUCCCUCCUCUUCUCCUUACUCUAUCGGAUCACACGAUGCUUUCCAGGAAAUUGGACCUUCACAACCUGUUGCACCUGUCAUUUUGGUUGUAUGUGCCAUGGAUGUCAAAGCAAGAUCCCGGGCCAUGAGGGAGAUUCUGAUACGAAUUGUGGAAAGAUCCAGAGGCACUAUUGAAGUCAAGGUUUUUCGAGAUAAAGUAAUUCUGGACGAAGAUGUCGAGAAUUGGCCUCGCUGCGAUAUCCUCAUUUCUUUCUUUUUGACUGAUUUUCCUCUUGACAAGGCCGUAUCCUAUAUUGUUCCUACACCCAAACGCGUUGAAGUAUGCCGAGACGGUGGCCCAAAGAUUGAUGAUACAUUGCGAGACUUCAACAAGUCGAAGUUAGGCAUAGUACUCGGUGGAUACAAAGUCACUCCGGAAGUUGCCCUUAGAGAAGACGGAGAUGCCAUCAUCAUUAAUGGUAAUGUAUUAGAAAAACCUUUUGUCGAAAAACCCGUGAGUGGUGAAGACCACAACGUCUACAUUCACUUCCGAGGCGGUGGUGGUAUGCGCUUAUUUCGCAAGGUACGUGCUGUCGUGUUUUCUGAAUUUGACAUCGACCGCAUUCUGCAGUUGGAUCCAAGCCUGAACCAUCCAAAAUUGGACGGAUCGUAUAUUUACGAACAGUUCAUUGAUGUUGACAAUUCGGAGGACAUCAAAGUUUACACUGUCGGCAAAGACUAUACCCAUGCUGAAACUCGAAAAUCGCCUGUGAUCGACGGCGUAGUAAGGAGAAAUACAGAGGGAAAGGAAAUUCGGUAUGUCAGGUUGCACGUGCCAAUCCCGUCAGUGAAACUUCAACACGGCAUAAUAUGUGAAGGUUUUGGUCAACGCGUUUGUGGUUAUGACAUGCUUAGGUGUGACAACGGUCACAAAAGUCAGGUCAUUGAUGUAAAUGGGUGGAGUUUUGUGAAGAGAAACGAGUCGUACUAUGAUAGAGCGGCGGAAAUCCUCGCAUCGUUAUGCAUGCAGGUAUCAUCGUCCCCUAACCGCGCGCUCCCAGGUACCGAAAAUACCCCCGAGCAAGCGCCUACCUGGCUCCUCGAGGCGAAUGUCACAGUAUUUAGACAUGCUGAUAGAACCCCGAAACAGAAGCUCAAAUUGCAACUAUUCGUGAAACUUCUCAACGGCGAAACGGAAGAGAUUAUCUUCCGAGAAAAAGAACAACUCACCAAGAUAGCUAGUGCUGUGGAAGAAUCGAAGAGUCUCAGUGCAAGUGGCGAGGAAUUGGCGAAGUUGACCCAGUUGAACAGCGCUUUAUUUAGCAAGAUAGACUUACCGGGUACCAAAGCACAGUUGAAGCCCGUCUACUCGAAAAAGCAAGCUGGUCACGCUAGAUCCCUCACGAAACUCACGCUGGUCUUUAAAUGGGGAGGAGAGUUUACCCAUGCAGCCCGGUAUCAACGACGAGACUUGAGCGAAAAUACGAAGAAGGAUAUUUCAAUCAUGAAUAUGGAGGUCUUGCAGAACGUCACCAUUUUUGUUGCCGCCUUGUUGGAUCACCAGCAAAGCUUCUCUACGGCGUCAUCUCCCAACUCCAAUUCUAGUUCUCGUUCUUCCCACUUUUCGACCGAUGGUACCACUUCUUCACCGAAUAAUAAUCUUUAUUGUAACAAAAACGUUUUGACCGGCCACAAUCCGUCAACUCCCUUCCAAUUCAUCAUUCGAAAAGAUUUUCUCGAUGACUCAAAUGCAGCGAAGGACCUCAUGGAUGAUGUGAAAAAACGGCUCAAGAUCUUAUUGCGACCGGGAGAGCCAGAGAAACGACCGGAAUUGCCUUGGCCGAAAAGUAUGAAGAAAGAGCCGGUGGAGGUUGUCGGAAUUAAUGUUCUCAUUUUGCUC